GAUGAAAAACUACCGGAAAAUGAGGUUGUUCCAAAUGUCAUGACAAUCACAGAAACAGAAACUACUGAGAUUAUGGUUACUGAAACCCUAUCACAGAUUAAAGUAUCAGCUUUGCCGGACAACACUGAUGAACAGAAUGUUGAUGAGAUGAUUUUUGAAAAUGAAUUUCAACAAGAUGGUGGGAAAGUAAAGUCCGUGGCUAUUGAUAAGAUUGAAAACAGUGCUGUUAUGGAAUUUGUUGACUUAGCAGACCAAGCCGAAGAUCCAGAUGAAAAACUACCGGAAAAUGAGGUUGUUCCAAAUGUCCUGACAAUCACAGAAACAGAAACUACUGAGAUUAUGGUUACUGAAACCCUAUCACAGAUUAAAGUAUCAGCUUUGCCGGACAACACUGAUGAACAGAAUGUUGAUGAGAUGAUUUUUGAAAAUGAAUUUCAACAAGAUGGUGGGAAAGUAAAGUCCGUGGCUAUUGAUAAGAUUGAAAACAGUGCUGUUAUGGAAUUUGUUGACUUAGCAGAAAAAGCAGAUCUUAUGAAAAACGUAGAACCUCCUAUGAUUAAAGUGUCAGGGCUACCAGACAAUAUCGAUGAAGAAAUCCUUGAGAUGGUAUUUGAAAAUGAGAAGAAACAAGGAGGUGGCAAAGUUAAAGAUGUAACCAUUGACGUCAAUGAACACACUGCAGUCAUUGAAUUUGAAGACCCGAAAGCUGUUGAAAUCGUGAUGUCAAAACGACCUAUAACUAUUGCAGGAACAAAGCUGAGCGUCACAAAGACAAGCCUUGUGAAAAACUUAGAACCACCUAUGAUUAAAGUGUCAGGAUUUCCAGACAAUAUCGAUGAAGAAAUCCUUGAGAUGGUAUUUGAAAAUGAGAAGAAACAAGGGGGCGGCAAAAUUAAAGCUGUAACCAUUGACAUCAGUGAACACACUGCAAUCAUUGAAUUUGAAGACCUCAAAGCUGUGGAAAUUGUGAUGACAAAACGGCCUAUAACUAUUGCAGGAAAAGAACUCUGCAUCGAAAAGAUAAGCCUGAUGAAAAACUUAGAAACUCCUAUGAUUAAGGUGUCAGGGUUACCAGACCAUAUCGAUGAAGAGAUCCUUGAGAUGGUAUUUGAAAAUGAGAAGAAACAAGGAGGCGGCAAAGCUAAAGCUGUAACCAUAGACGGCAAUGAACACUCUGCUAUAAUUGAAUUUGAAAACCCAAAAGCUGUAGAAAUUGUGAUGACAAAACGGCCUAUUACUAUAGCAGGAAAUGUGCUUAGCAUCACAAAAACAUCAGCUUUAAUGAAAAAUGCAAAACCAUCUAUGAUUAAAGUGUCGGGAUUACCAGAUGUUAUCGAUAAAGAGAUCCUUGAGAUGGUAUUUGAAAAUAAGAAGAAACAAGGAGGGGGCAAAGUUAAAGCUGUAACCUUAGACGGCAAUGAACACACAGCUAUUAUUGAAUUUGAAGACCCAAACGCUGUGGACAUUGUGAUGCGAAAACGACCUAUAACUAUAAUAGGGACCGAACUUAGCGUCACAGUUUGUGGGCAAGCUUGUGAAACAACAAAUAUUGGUUUGACUAAGAUUGAUUCAUUGAGCGAACCCCAGGGAUCAGAUGAUGCUGAAAGAUCCAGUGUAAAAACCGCCAAUCAAAAACAGCAACUGACUCGACAAAUUGCCGGUCAACAACAACCAGAACAGCAGUCAACUGGAAUUAAUACCUGCAAAGGACAGCAAGCACAGCUGCCGACUGACAUUGAUCAUCCACUACAACAGCUAACCGGAACUAUUACUUGCCAUGAACAACCAAUACAACAAGCCCCUGGAACUGUAUAUAGUCAAGGACACACAGUUCAACUGUUACCUGGCACUGGUAUUGGUCAUGAAAAAUCAGUACAGCAAUCGAAUGGAACAGGCACUGGUUCAGAAAUACCAGCAUAUCAAUCACAAGGAACUGGCACUUUUCAGGAACAACCAUUACAACACCCAACUGGAACAUUUACUGGUCAAGAUCUAUCAGUACAACAGGCGACUGAAUCCAGCGUUUGUCAAAAUGUAACGGUACAACAGCCACCUGGAACCUGUCAUGAACAACCAGUGCAGCAACGAACUGGAACUGGUGUUGGAGAGCAGCGGGAACAUCAGCCAGCUCAAACUGUUAGAUGUACAACCACAGUGAACGAAACAACUCAAGCAAAAGAUGACACAAAGAUAGUUGAAGAAAUUCAAGAUGAUUCAAUGGUCGUUAAAGAACAUAUUCUCAAAAAGCUUGGCUUGUCGCAACUUAUUGGUGGAAACAUCACAAUCAAAGACAUGACCACUGUUGAUCCUUUUGAAAAUGCAGACAAUGCAAGCACUGAGAAACUGCCAUGGGUUUUACUACGGAGACUAAUGUCAGUAAACUGUGAUGCAAUGGACCUUCGAUUCAGUCAAGAUAGUACGAAUCUAGAACAAAGAAAUAGUUCUAUAUUUGCAAUGUAUGACGAUUCCAGCAAAAAUGAAUGUAUAAGCCCUCUGGAUGUGUUUUUAUCAGUUUUUCAAUGUUGUGACCCAAUGUUAAAGCAGUUGUUGUAUCAAAAGCUGUAUUUGUGUAAAAUGGCUGUUCCUUUUAUUUAUCAGGAACACCUAUCUUCUGAGUCCGUACUCGCAAAAUGGCCACUUCGAGCACUUCUUAUUGAGAGUAAAAAUUCAAAUGGAGCAAAUGUAGAAGUGGAAAUGCUAGACAUGUCAACAAGGUUUAUUUCUUUCGCGCGGUUUGGUCGACCAAAAUUUUCAAAAUCAAAACUAUUAAAUCUAAUUUUAAGCGAGACGGGAGCAGAUACAUUUUAUCAUAGGGACUGUCCUUUAGGUACUACAAAAAAGUAUAUUACUGAUGGUUAUACUGAAAUGUUUUGGCUACCAACAAUUGUUGAUACGCAUAGUAGAUUCACUGAAACAAUUACGUUUUUGAAUAUGAGAGGCAAUAUCAAGGGUGCCUUUCCAGAAAAUGAAUGCACAUUUAUUGCUGCUAUUACAGAUAUAGCUGUUAUAAUUUGUGACAUUGACUCGAUUCGAAGUAACAGUUUGGAGCUUCAAAAUUCAAUAGUUAGAUUUUCGGCGGUUCUUAUUGUCAUUGCUAACCCAAUUGAUAGAGAGGACCUUAAACUACGAGAUACACUGUUUGAAUUUGAACGAACAGUCAGUAGUAAAAAGGUAACAAAGCUUCAGAUUACUUGCACUCAUAUCGGUUAUCAAGAAAAAAGCGCAACAGAUGUACUCUCUGAUGUAACAGGGCGCUUAUCAGACUAUCUUAAGAGUACCUCUAACUUGUCAAAAUCACUUGAAGCCAGAAUCAAGGAUGCUGGAAAAUUCGUGCCAAAACUAGAUGAAAAUGAACCAUGCAUUAAAGCUAGAGACGCUGCCCUAUCAGUAAUUCAGACGAUGGAAAAGGAGGUCGAUCAGCAAAAUUGUUUUUUUAUUAUAACACCAGUUCAAAGAGCUUCGUCGGAAUUGAGUGAUCUUCUUAAACAACGGCACAGAGAAAAAGAUUUUAGCUUACAUGGUCAGAUAAAAGAAAAACUGACACAAAUACGCUAUUCCCAUACUGAAAAAGUAAGUGAAUCAAUGCAGAAGUUACUGAAAUGCAUUACUCAUUUUGCUGGUUCAUAUUAUCAGUUGCAAUAUUUUUUGAACUGGUUACGAUACUUUUUAGAACGGAAAAAAAGACAAGUUUUGCCGGAUUUAAUUAAAAAAAAUCAGUUAGCAUGGGACGCUUACUGGAAAAUAAAAAAGGAAGAUAAACCAUCUGCAGUAGAAUUAGACAAACAAGAAAUGAAAAUUAAACAAUUAGAAGGAGAAAUAGAGAAAGCGUCUUUUGGAAUCGAGAACAUGUUCAGGGAAAUGUAUCACAUAUGUGAUGCUAUUUUAUUGAUUAAAAAAGAUAGAGCUAUGACUUUAUACCAGGUCCAUUUCAUAGCGGAUAUAAUCGCAGAUAUGGUUUUGAAUGGACAUGUGUUUGAGUUGCUUGAUGGACAUAGUUUUUAUAUGCCAACUGAAUGGAUUAAAUUAGUUUUGAAUAAAGUACAUAAAAUGAUAGGUGAAAAGAAAGUACUCACAAUGUCAGUUCUGGGCUUACAAAGCUCAGGAAAAUCAACGUUAUUAAAUGCAAUGUUUGGUUUACACUUUCAUACUAGUUCUGGGCGGUGUACCAGAGGUAAUCACAUGCAGCUGUUACCAAUAAAGCAACACCGAAACGUUAGAACAUGGCAGCCUUUUGAAUAUAUACUGGUUAUUGAUACGGAAGGGUUACGAGCACCAGAACUUAGUAACAAAAAUUACAGAAGAGAUAAUGAACUAGCAACAAUUAUAACAGGACUGGGCGACAUGACGAUACUGAAUGUAAUGGGAGAGAAUACGACUGAAUUACGAGAUAUUUUACAGAUAUUGGUCCAUGCUUUUUUAAGACUAAAAUUAGCAAAUGAAAGACUUGAUAUCCAGAAAAGCUGCUAUUUCAUUCAUCAGAAUGUGACAGAUAUAACAGCAUCAGAAAAAAUGAAAACUGGGUUGCAGAUUUCAAUUAGAAAUCUUGAUAGAGUGACAGAAGAAUCAGCCUUGUCAGAAGGUAUUUCAAAUAUACAUACGUUUAAUCAAGUCAUAGAAUUUGACACCGAAACCAAUGUUUGGUAUUUACCAAACCUUUGGCAAGGCAAUCCUCCUGUCGCAAGGGUAAAUCGUAAGUAUAGCGAGGCUGUGGUCGAUAUUUGCCACAAACUUGUACUCAAAGGCCUAAAUGAAACAGCUAAAUCAUUUAAAUCACUGAAUGACAUAGUUGUACAUACUGAAGAUCUUUGGAAAGGUGUUCUGGCCGAGGAUUUUGUUUUUUCAUUCAGGAAUAGUCUUGAAAAGAGAGCAUAUGUUGACUUAGAAACAAAACUGAAAACAGAGUUAUGGACUUUAGAAAAUCAUGUUGAUGGACGAUUUUAUGAAAUAUCACAAAAACAGUUUUCUCAGUGUGACGAUAAAAAUAGUUUAAAUAGGGCAAGGUCAAUUAUAAUUGCAGACAUAAAGCGUAUUCUCUCAGCAGAAGAAGCAUCAGUCACAGACAAAAUGAAUGUCUUCUUCAAGACCAAUAAUUUUAAAGAUACAGUCAUACAGUGGAAGCAGCAGACGAUGAACCACAUAAGAUCAUUUUGUAAAGAGUUGAUAGAUAAGAAACAUCAGGAGGUAGACAUUAUGCUCGACAAGCGAGCAGUUGAUAUUAUGACGAACUCUAUGCGAAAAACACACGAAGAAGAGCUUAGGAAACGGUCUAUUGAAUUAGCAAACAGGUUGAAAAGUAAACCGCCGACACCUGAUGUGAUUCAUGAGAAAUUUGGGGAAAUAUGGAAUGCAUUUGUUAGCGAUUCUCUGAAGUCAGAUACCUUGAAGAAACAUCAAGUUGCACGCGAGCAUGACUUUAUAGAUAUACUAGCUGAGAUGCAUAAUAAUCAUCCGGUAAUGUAUGAAGUCCUUAAUAAGGAACCAUUGAAUACUGUAACGAACAUUCCUAGGUUAAGUAAUUCUUUCAAAUUAACAAGAAUAACUGAGAAAGACAUUUCAGUUAAAACCAGAGCUAAGAUAAUUUCUAAAUUUCCUUUCGCAAAGUCUUAUCAUGAAUCCUCAUUAUUUGCCAUAGUAAAAGAACGAUUAGAAAUAUCAUUUGUUGAAAUAGAUUCCCAAAUAGUUCAGCUUUGCAAAGAGGAUAAUGAGGUUACAAAUCAGAAGAUUAAAUGUUUUUUGAAGAAUGUUGACAAUUUAAUAAAUGAUAUAGCAAAGCCACACGAUUAUUUUACAUUAAAAGUUACUUUUAAAAUCAAGAUUGGUAUAUUUGUGAGUAGGUUUGCGCUAGCUCGUUUCGAAAAUCACAACAAAGAAUACAACCAAACGCAUGGCUUAGAUGUCCGUCUAAAAGAAUAUAAACAACAAGUCAAAGAACGUUUCUAUGCUCAUUUGGAUGAAUGUAAAGCUGAAGACACAGCAGCAAGAAUGUUUCGUAUUUCAAUGGAGAAAUUUGUGUUCGAGACUGUUAAGGGUAGACUUCCUUUGAUGGUAAAACAUUAUUUAAAGAGCCAACUACCACAACUUAAAUACCACCUGAUAAUCGAAAUACUUACAGAUCUAGUGGAUAGAGAUAAUUUUAGGGAUUGGGUACAUUAUAUAGAGAACCCUAAGACAUUUGCUCACAUAUGGAUAACUGAAAAAUCUGAUAAACAAUUAUUUGAUCAGGAAUCCGGGAAAUACUAUGAGUUGGCCUCGGAAGAAAUUGAAAAAUGCCUGAAAGAAAUAAAUUCAAGCAUAACCCAAUCUGGAAAACACUUAGAUUCUUCAUCCGUAACUAUUCAUAUGUGGAUUGGGAAUUUUCUGUCUAAUUUGAAAACUUACAAAGUUCCUAGGGAAUGUUUUAGAGACGUUGUAAGGGAACUUGAAAACGCAAAUGAAAUUCACGUAGAUUACUUUACAGACAUGCUAGCAAAAUAUAUAAAAACAUCAGGCAAGGUUGUCGAGGACAAAUUUAAACAGGAAUGUCAGUCAAAAGAUACAAUUAAGUGGACCACGUUAAAUCCUUACACAGAUGUUUUUGAAGACAUAUGGGGCUGUCCUGACCAAUGUAUCUUUUGUGGUGAGCCUUGCAUAAAAUCCGACAUACAUAGAGGUACUACACACAAUUGCCUCCAACAUAGGCCUUCAGGAUGCAGAGGUGUUCAUCAAAUUGAUACUUUGAAGAUUUCACUUACUUCUUGUAAUUUCGACGUAGCAUCCAAUUUAACUGCAACAUGUUCACUUUACAAUUAUCUUUGUAAUAAACCCAAAAGAGAGCCAUGCAGUUCAGGAAGACAUCCAUACAAAAGGUAUAGACAAUACCUUCCAAAUUGGGACAUUGAACCUUCGAAUGAUAUGGAAGAGAGGUCUAAAUUCUGGAUGUGGCAUAUCGCAAAGUAUAAGGACAAUCUCAGGAGUCAUUAUUGCAUUGAUGUGUCUGAUGUGCCCAUACACUGGGGGGAAAUUACGAAGGAAGAAGCUUGUGAAAGUCUUAGAAGCUUAUACACAAAAGGUGAAAAGUAAAGACAGAUAACGCCUGAAGUAUGUACGGUCACCGAUUUUAUUUACUGCUAGGCCUUUUAGACAUAUAUAAUUACCUUAAACGGUAAAUUGAUAUUCAGUUAUAUCGAGUAAGUAAAGUAAGUUUAUGCAGGUUAUCUAAUUUUGACGGAGUUUAAUAGCAAACGUUUACUGUAUUAAAUAAAAAAAACGCGUUGCUUUAAUCUGAUCUAUGACUAUAAAGGAGAGUGCAUUAGUGUGUAAAGAAGAAUUGAAAAUAAAUUUAAUUUUCCUUUCUUUCAUGUUUUGUGACGUUUGAUUGUAAAUAAUAGAAUGUUUCUUAUUUUAGCCAUUAUUGCAUACCAUAGGUCUACUAUGGGUCCCAGGUUGAACCUCUGCCACGUUUUGGCGUUAGUUUUAGUUUGGUUAAACUACAGGUAAACGGUUUCGGCCAGUCAGCUACGUUUCGGGAUAAAUCUUCUUUAACCAAUCAAAAUCGGCCGUGAAAAGCGUGGCCUCAUUCUUUCGAUAUAUCCGUCGAAUAACGACGAAUAAUUAUAUGUCUUGAGGUAAAUGUACAAAUGUCCGAUUUUAGCAGUAAAUCUUUCUUAAUCUCAUUCAUGCAAUAUAGUCUUGAUAAUAAAUACUUUGCUUAGAUAUUAUUUUAACUUUCGGCUGGUGCGGGUAAGAAAAGGUUUGUCUCAUUAUAAACAUGUUUAAGCUUCUUUUGCCACUGACUGUCCGUUUCAAAUGUGUGUUAGUACGCGUGCGUGCGUGCGUAUGUUAUAGCUUGCGUUUGUUGUCGUGUGCACGUGCCAUGUGUUGCAGUUUGGGAGACUAUGUUUUUGGAACAUGACAUCCCAAGUUGGUUCUUUAUCGGAAUGAUGGUUGACAUAGAUUGGUUGAAACCACUUCUCGUAGAAAUUACGAGUGCACACGCUCAAAAAAUAAACGAAAGAAAUAAAUUGGAGGUUCGUAUCGGGACACCUGAUGAAUGAGAAUGAUUUUAGCAAAUGAAAGAAUACAUGGUAUUCUAUAUAAUUAUUUGUGGAACAAACACUGAAAAGUAUUUUCUUCAGAAAUCAUGUCUGACACUACUGAACCGGACAGUUCAGACCAUUCUAUUUCCAUUUCAUUUCCUAUCCAACAACGCUUUAAACUAAUGAUACGAAGAAAAAUUAUGAGAAAAUACCAAAAGGUACUUAUCAUGUCACAUCGGUUCUUAUGAAAAAAAAAAUAUGGUGCGAGUAUAAUAUUAUAACUACUUUGUUGAGAGUCUAAUGUUAUUUUGACAGUUUUGUGUUUAUACAUAAUUUAUAACCCUGGGGAAAGAUUUUGUAUUGUUAUUUGAUAAUUAUAGUUUAGGUAAAGUCAUUGUUAUUUUACAUACAAUAUUACAGGUUUAAAACACAUACAUUUUAACACUUACCUCAUAAGCAAUGAUCUGUUGUCCUAAUUAUUCAUGUAGUAAUUAUUCAUUUUAAACAUGAAACAGGAUAAUAUAUAGAUAUAUAGUUUAGCACUUUUAGUUUUAGUAUAUUUCUAAAUGUGUGUUGCUUCGCUCACUUUGAAUCUUCAUGAUGAAAUUCUGUUAAUGAUCGUAAAUUACCUACACUUUGUUUCUACGCUUUUGAAACAAAUAUUGCUGUACAUUGUUUACUUUUAUUUAACCACUAUUUUUCAAAGCAUAAUUGUAUCCGCGAACUAUUCAGUCUGUAUAAAAGAUAUGGACAUGUGUUUGAAUUUUUUGUGAGUGCGAAAAAAAGUGAAAUUAAAUGGCCUUCUGAUGGAAAAUAACACUUUUGUUGAGAUUUUAGUAUAUGGAGAAAGUUUCACAAUGUAGAUUUUAAUGAAAUUUCUAAUAGGUGUAGAUAUACCUAUUUUCAAUUAUGUGACCAAGUAAAAUUUUUAGGUCAGUGUACUAUUUUUUUCACAACUUGCCAGUUAUCAAUUAGAAUCCUUACAUUGCUGUUUGUUUUUCGGCGAACGCCGUCUAAAUUCGUUUUCGUUACCUAUGCCACGUGACUUCAGUUUGCAAAUCAAACUACUUGAUAACGCAUUAGAGAUAAUUUAUCAAAAUGGAAGAUUUAUGCAACACUCUGCCUGAUUGGACGAGAGUGUCAAUUUCUUUCACUCUGUUGAUUGUGCUACGCUGAAUGAAAUGUAGACAAAGCGUUUAUCCUAAACGACGCUGUUCACAGUUUUAAAGCUAACUUUGGCUCAGUAUAUUUAGCAAGAAUAUUGAUAUAUCUCAAAAUGAUAAGUAACUUUAAUAAAUAUGAUAAAAACCUGUUCAAAUACCAAUAUAUAUCAAAUUAAAGAAAGAGCUGAAUACGGUCUGCGUAUCACAUGAAUAAGGAUGUGAUAAGAGUCUUUUAUGUAGAGAAGAGCUUUUAAAAGAUUUUCCUUGUUACAAUUGUCGUCUGUAUAUGAAAAGGUUUCUUGCUUUUGUGACUUAUUCAGAUUGCAUAUUAAAAUGAGUACUUGU